AUGGCCCACCAAGCACAUGCAUAUCAUAUGGUCGACCCUAGCCCAUGGCCCCUUACCGGUGCAGUAGCUGCUCUUCUAAUAACAUCAGGUUUAGCAAUCUGAUUCCACUUCCACUCUACAACAUUAAUAACCUUAGGAUUAAUCCUGCUUCUACUCACAAUACUCCAAUGAUGACGGGACAUUAUCCGAGAGGGAACCUUCCAAGGACAUCAUACGCCCCCUGUACAAAAAGGUCUACGAUAUGGUAUAAUCUUAUUUAUUACCUCAGAAGUAUUCUUCUUCUUAGGAUUCUUUUGAGCCUUUUACCACUCUAGCCUUGCCCCUACCCCAGAACUUGGAGGAUGUUGACCACCAACAGGUAUUACAACACUUGACCCAUUCGAAGUGCCUCUACUUAACACCGCCGUCCUCCUAGCAUCUGGUGUAACAGUAACCUGAGCUCACCACAGCCUGAUAGAAGGAGCCCGAAAACAAGCAAUUCAAUCACUAGCUCUUACAAUCCUCCUAGGCCUAUAUUUCACUGCCCUACAAGCCAUAGAAUAUUAUGAAGCCCCUUUCACCAUUGCAGAUGGUGUAUACGGCUCUACCUUCUUCGUAGCGACAGGUUUCCACGGACUCCAUGUUAUUAUUGGCUCAUCUUUCCUUGCUGUCUGUUUCUUCCGACAAGUCCGAUAUCAUUUUACAUCAGAACAUCACUUUGGGUUUGAAGCAGCUGCCUGAUAUUGACAUUUCGUAGAUGUUGUAUGAUUAUUCCUAUAUGUCUCUAUUUACUGAUGAGGCUCAU